AUGAUCAUCUUGAAAAUCAUCUCAAACACUGGACACAACGUUGCAGCUGAUUACUGGUCCCUUGGAAUUCUGGUCUUCGAACUGCUGUCGAAAAGAACCCCCUUUAGAGCGAAAGAUGAUCUUGCAAUUUAUGAAGGAAUUCUUCGUGGAAUCCACAGUGUGCAAUUUCCUUACAAAAUCUCCAGAAAAGCAGAAAAUCUUAUCAAAGCGCUUUGCCGCCAAGAGCCCUCCGAGAGAAUCGGUUACCAAAAGGCUGGAAUCAGCGAUAUUCGCAAACACAGAUGGUUUCAAGGUUUCGACUGGGAAGGACUACAACAAGUCAAGGUCGUUGCGCCCCACGUGCCUGAUAUCAAGCUCGACGGGUCAGACCAAAGACCUUCAAAAGAGAUUGACUUUUUUCCAAAUCGAAAGAACGCCUUCGAUAUGUCCAACUUCGAGAAAAUCAAGGAAGAAGACUUAUCCAAGAUUCCCGACGAAACCUCGGGCUGGGAUGCCGAGUUCUAG